AUGGAAGUAGAUGGUGUGGAAGAGGGACUGAAGAUAAGGAUUUGGGGUUCUGGUGAGGUGGAGGUGUUAGUGCCAUCUGAGCGAUGCUGCUUUCUUCUUCAACUUGGAGAUUUCUAUGUCAACAAUGUUUUUCCCAAAGUUGAAAUGACCACAUCCAAGACAUCAAGGAGCCUUAACCAUUUGGCCAACUCUAUCCUUGGCCUGAAAAUAGAACUCAAGCACUGUCAUUCAACCAUGAGGUGCCCUUGUGGAGAACAGUCACACAGACUUAUUCAUGUUUUCAAGAAAGAGUAUUUCAAGAUAGAAACAGAAGCUGCUGCGGUCAAAGCUGUUGGAGACUUGAACAUUCUAUUCCCUUGGUUGGAAAAGAAUUUCCUAAAUUGA